UAUUCUGAAAGGGAUGCUAAUUUACCAAAAUAAAAUCUUGAAGUCCUGUUACUUGAAACAGCGAUAGACUGAAGUGAAGAGAUUCUGGCAGGUUAAGAGCUAAAUAUGUUUGGGCAGGGUCAUGACAAGUGAAAGGCGCUAAGUAGCUAGGCUUGUCAUUUCCUGCCUGAGAAUUUUGGACUGUUUUUUCUGGUUGUUGUCGUUGCUGCUGUAGUUCUUUUGUUUGUUUUUACAGUUUAUUCUCUUCUCAAGCUUUUGAACCCUGAAGAGUGUGUUUCCAAAUCUCUUUAUCUCCCUCUCCCUCCUCAGCUUUUAUAGAAAAGACAGCUGUAUGAGGGGGAGAGCUUUUUAAUAUUACAUUUUAGUGAAAUGUGUCAUUUUGCUUUUUAAUAACAAUUUUCUUUUUUUCUUCAGAGCUAAAUUGAAAGAAGAGCAGACCUCUAAAAAGUCUUUUGGAAACAUCUCUAAAAUAUUUGUAACUGUGUAUAAGCAACUAAAGAGAAAUUGACCCCCAACAAAACUAACUGAAUAAUUGAGACAGUUUUAUGUGUGUGUCAUCAAUUCUAUCCAGAAGCUGAAGAAUCUUCCUCUGCAUUUAAGGAUUGUGUGCACUGAAUGAGAGGAUGACUUUUCAAUUUAAUUUCGCUAUAGAAGACCAACUGGAAAGUGAAUUAACACCCCUUAGAGAUGGAGCUUUGGCCCUGGAUUCCUCAAAUGAGUCUUUGAUCUCAGGAAGUCAAAAAGGUAAACAUAGAGACAAAAAAUGUUCUAGAGAACAGUUUGACUUGUCUCAGGAUCAUUUGUGGGAACCUAAGUCAGUGGGAAAUGCACCUCCCUUUCAAGACACAGACACCUCCCUCAGUUCAGCUAACAGUUCAAGUAAAUUGGAGCCACAUGAAAAACAGCCUUGCUUGAGAGUUGCCAAAGAGCAUGCUAUGCCUAAAGAUUUAAAGAAAGUGUUAGAAAAUAAAGUCAUAGAAAUGUUACCAGGUCUCCAGCAUGUUAACAUAUCGGUAGUGAAAACCAUCUUGUUGCAAGAGAACUUCCCUGGAGAAAACAUAGUUUCAAAAAGCUUUUCUUCUCACUCUGAUCUGAUUACAGGUGUUUAUGAAGGAGGCUUAAAAAUCUGGGAAUGUACCUUUGACCUCCUGGCUUAUUUCACAAAAGCCAAAGUGAAAUUUGCUGGGAAAAAAGUAUUGGAUCUUGGCUGUGGAUCAGGGUUGCUGGGUAUAAUUGCAUUCAAGGGAGGGGCCAAAGAAAUUCAUUUUCAAGAUUAUAACAGUAUGGUGAUUGACGAAGUAACCUUACCUAAUGUCGUGGCUAACUCCACUUUGGAAGAUGAAGAAAAUGAUGUAAACGAACCAGAUGUGAAAAGAUGCAGGAAAUCAGAAGUAGCACAAGAACUGUCUAAAUGCCGAUUCUUUUCUGGGGAGUGGUCUGAGUUUUGUAAGCUUAUAGUAACCAGUGAAAAACUCUUUGAGAAAUAUGAUCUCAUUCUCACCUCAGAAACCAUUUACAAUCCAGAUUAUUAUGGUACUUUGCACCAAACAUUGUGUAGACUGUUAGAUAAAAAUGGACGGGUGCUUUUGGCCAGCAAAGCACAUUAUUUUGGUGUGGGUGGAGGUAUUCAUCUCUUUCAGCAGUUUGUAGAAGAAAGGAAUGUAUUUGAGACUAGGACACUCGAAAUAAUUGAUGAAGGACUAAAGAGGUUCCUAAUUGAAAUGACUUUUAAGUCCCUCGGUUAAUGUCUACUGAGUGUCCUAAAUGAAAUAAACAUAAUCACCAAAAA